AAAUUGCCAGACUGUUGUCUACGACAUAAUCUCUCGGAGGUUUUACAAGUUUACACGUUGUUUCACAUAGGAAAAUAAUCAUGUUUGUGAUUUUCAUAAUCAGCAUUUCGCUACAGUUGAUUGGUUUUACGAAGGGUGAUAGUGAUAUUGAACCUGGUCAGUGUUUAUCCAGGUAUGACUACGACUACAAAGUCAUGAAGCAGCUUGUUGACCUUACGACAGAACUUCAAGAACUGAAGAAGAAAAUCCCUCAAGGACAACUUUCAGUCGCAUUCAUGGCACAGCUUUCAGAAAGUAUUGUGAAUCCGCCGCAAGGAAGUGUAAUCGCUUUCGACUCGGUUUUAACAAACGUCGGCGAGGCUUAUAAUGCAGGUACAGGAACCUUUGUUGCGGACGUCGAUGGCAUCUACAGCUUUCAUCUAUUCGCUUCAUCCCCAAAGAAAGACGUAGGUAACUGGCUUCACAUGUUCAUCAUGAGAAACACGGAGCAGGUUGGUUACGUGUAUUUAGACGAUAACAACGACCGCUGGGCUGGCAGAUCCACUACUGUUGUUGUACACUUACAUCAUGGCGACAAAGUGAAUGUGAAGAUGGCACGCACUAGGGGUUCCGGUACACUCGCUGGAUGUUGCUUCCAUACGCAUUUCGGUGGUUUCCUUAUUAGCCAGGAUUAAAAGAAAAUAUGAACAUUGUGUUGUUUGAGCACGUACACAAAAGUGUUACCUUUGCUUAAACGACAACAAAUGAUUAUAACAUUGAGAAUGACAAAUAUCUAUGAUUUAUUUUCACGAAGAGACUGAUUGCAAUUAAACGAAUGGCCUGUAGUUUUCUAAGCAGUUUCAAUUGUCACGUUGACGUAUUGCAUGUUUCGAACAAAUUCAGGUUUGAAAAAAAAAAAGAUAUUCUGUUUCAGUAAAUUGUGAUUCGGAGUAUGUAUAAAGCACUAAACCCUUAAAUGCGCUUCAUGUUGUUUUAAAUAGUGCAUACACGACAUGUUUUAUGAGACUGAAUUUAUUUACAAUGCUAUAUAUAAAAUGAAAA